AUGGAGCAGCUUGCCCAGUUCGUCUCCAAGAGCUUCGACAACGCGGCGGCCGCGGCGGCGGCGAGCGUCGAGGCCGCCGCCGCCGGCUGCAGGUCGGCCGCCGGCGGCAGGAUCACGCUCAGUGUCGCGCAUCUCAUCGGCGAUCACGCUGCGGAUGACGAUGAUCGGCAUGAAAGCGCGCAGGAGGUCGGUAUCGUCGAGACGAGCGGAAGUGUCGAGGAGCCGCCGUCGCCGGAAGGCCGACUACAACCGGAGGAUCUGUCUGUCACGGCCAAGAUCAAGGACAUCCGGGACACCGCGGAGAGCCUGCCGCCUUUGAAGACUCCCGAGCUGAAGCUGUCAGUUCGCAAACUUCUCGGAUGCACCCCCUCGCCGCCGCCCAUAUCGAGGGAUCGAUCGCCCAGUCCGGAAAACUGCGUCGAAUUGAAAAGUCAAAGCUCGAGUGACGGCAAAACGACUGCAUCUUCUAACGAUCAGGCCAAAAUAUCCUCCCAAGUUACAAGGUCGAGCGGUCAAGAGGACCUUACCAAAGGCUCCAAUUGUCGGAACAACGGAAACGGCAACGGCAAGCAGAGGAGAUCGCGAACAAACUUUACCAUCGAGCAACUGGCCGAGCUUGAGAGACUCUUCGAUGAAACGCACUAUCCCGACGCGUUCAUGAGAGAGGAACUGAGUCAGCGACUUGGUCUCAGCGAGGCAAGGGUCCAAGUCUGGUUUCAGAAUCGACGUGCAAAGUGCCGCAAACACGAAAGCCAGUUGCACAAAGGCGUCGCCGGGAGCAUGGUGCUGGCACCGCGAAGCCCGCCGACGACGUUGGAGCCGUGCCGGGUCGCACCGUAUCUGCCGGCGCUCAGGUUGCACCCUCCGCCGAUGCAGGGCACAGGUGCUGCGAGUGUCACGGUGGGCUCGGCCUUCGACCCGGCGGUCUUGCACUACGCAGCGGCCGGCGGCCUCUUUUGCCUGCCACCGCCGCCGCCGCCACCCUCGGCACCGUCGGCCGGUCAUCCCCCUCAUCCGUUGAGCCUGGCGGCGUCGCUGGCCGCCGCCGCGGCCCGCUCCAAGAACAGCAGCAUCGCGGACUUGAGGCUGAAAGCGAGGCGGCACCAGGAGGCCUUAGGGCUCGACAGGCCCGCGUAAGGUAGGCCGCAUCGCGGGAUGGGUACGUCUCGGACGAAGAGGACUCAACGGGGAUGAAGAGGUGUGCGCGAUGGUAAGUAUGCUCUCCGAAGAGGGUUCCAAGGAUUCGUCGAGGUACGAUCUAGAAGAAAGGAUGGGGAAUAAACUAUAAUCGCGGUGAGCUCAAAAUUCUGAUGCCGUAAAGAAGAAUACGUACCCUAAGUUGUCGUCGUUGGUUUGUUCAGAUCUCUAAGGGCGAAGAUAAGUCUGUGCGACUCUUGUAAAUUUUCAUACACAUCAUUCAGCGAUCUUACUUGCGUCCCUUUUAUCUGUUUAAGUUCGAUGCUAAGAAGUAUGCCUAGCAACUUGAAAUCCCAAAUUGCAUGUGUCAUUGUUAUCCCAGGCGGAAGUUCACCCGUGUUUGGAAUGUUAAAAGACAACAUACGUGUAUCCCUUCAUCCGCGACGUGCCGAAGCGUCUGAGAAGUACAAAGAGGACACUCAACCCAGUAUGUAUAAAAUAAAAGACGCGACGGGAAACGUGUAACAUAAUGUAUACAGGAUCGGGGCUCUUGCUUUGUACCCCGAUCAAUGUGCUCCGAGUCGUAGAACUGUGAUGCAAAACCGCGAUCGGAGACUUAAUCAGCGACAUAAUUUACAUAAUCGACAACGACAUUAAAGAGGUGACAUUAAUGAGUGCUUUCCAUUGGGUGACACAAGUCGACACAGGCGUCACUCUCUCUUUGUUAUUCACUGAUUGGAAAAAGAAAUGAUUUGCGUCGUUAAAUGGAAAGCACCCAUUUUACAGUGUAUUGUCACCUAUUCUCGAAGCAGCUCUCUCCUCAGACAAGCGGGUGGCA